AUGGGGGACACUCCCGCUUACAAGCAGUAUGUCGCCAGCUUACUCGCUGGAGUUUCCACCGUCACCAUUGGCCAUUCCGUUAACACCGUAAAGGUGAAGCUGCAAAAACACAAUACUGAAGCACAUGGGAUCAAGUACAAGAAUAGUUUGCAUUGUACUGCUAGGAUACUAAGGACUGAAGGAAUACGGGACUUAAUAGAAGCUUCCUCAGGGGUUCAUUUUUCUGGAUUUCACAUGAACGGUCUACAGGAAAUGCAUUCAAAUGUGGACCAACCAACAACCUCUGCUAUAGAUAACAUUCUUAUGCAACCUUUUGUCAUAGGGGUUGCUGGUGGAGCAGCAUCUGGUAAGACUACAGCUUAUGAUAUGAUUAUACAGCAGCUUCAUGACCGGCGUGUUGUUCUUGUUAACCAGGAUUCUUUUUACCAUAAUUUGACACCAGAAGAACAUGCAAGAGUACAUGAAUACAAUUUUGAUCAUCCUGAUGCAUUUGAUAAUGAGAAACUUUUAGCUUCUAUGGAUAAGUUGAGGAAUGGGCAAGCAGUAGAUAUUCCAAACUAUGACUUCAAGAGUUACAAAAACAAUGUCUUCCCGCCUAGAAGGGUAAACCCUUCAGAUGUGAUAAUUUUGGAAGGCAUUCUCAUUUUUCAUGAUCCCCGUGUUCGAGAGUUGAUGACUAUGAAGAUAUUUGUCGAUACAGAUGAUGAUAUUCAUUUAGCACGGAGGAUAAGGCGUGACACAGUAGAAAAAAACAGGGAUAUUGGUACAGUUCUUGAUCAGUACUCAAAGUUUGUGAAGCUUGCAUUUGAAGACUUUAUUCUUCCUUCAAAAAAAUAUGCUGACAUCAUUACUCCUAGCGGAGGAGAUAAUCACGUGGCUAUUGAUUUGAUUGUACAACACAUCCGUACAAAGCUUGGCCAGCAUGACUUGUGUAAAAUAUAUCCUAAUUUAUACGUUAUACAUUCAACUUUUCAGGUAUCUGGCAAGCUUCAUUCUAGAAGCUGUUUUGUGAAAUUUGCAACAACUAUUGAAGCUGACAAGGCCAUUGCAAUUCUAAACAAUCAACAUUUUUUUCCUGGGGAACAAAUGCCUAUUACGGUUAAGUAUGCAGGCAAGCUAGACAGAGAAAGAGAACGUCAUGGUAUAUUUCUGAUCUUUGAGGCAGUGCCUUUUGAACUCCCUCUUGGAACACUGUCGCUGCAGAUUCUAAAUGCAGAAGAUGGGCAAAUCCAAGUUCAGGGAGCUUUGGAAGACGAACUAUCCGCAGCAGAGAGCCAGCAAAAACCAUAG